GAUGGAGGCCCUGGAGCAGUUUCUGUCAGGAGAUGAAGAAAGCCAGUUCUCCGUCACUACUGCUAAACUGGAGGUUAGCUCAUGUGAAUAUUGGUCUUUGUUUGCUUUCAAAUGUACAUAAAGUGCAUAUUUGGAUUGUGAGUGGUAGUGCAGCAAUUUGGUUUUACUUUUCUUAAACGAACAUUAAAAUUUAAUUUUACAUAAAUUUACAAUUUGAAAAGAACAUUGGUUAUUCCUCUUCUUAAAAAAACAAACUAAAAAAAGUAAGCUCCAUUCUACAGAAUAGGUCUGUCUCAGCACUGUGUGAAGGAUAGAGUGCAAGCUAUCUGCAAGUGAUAGUUAUUAAUUUUCCCUCUCCUAAUGCUGGUUGGUUCAUAGUUCUGAUCAUUCAUUGCUGUCAGUGGCUGAGCUAUGUGUAUACAUUUGAUAAGGAAAUCUUUAUCUGGAUUGAGGGGGCGUGACUAAAGAGGCCGGCAAUUUGUUCUGGAUUCUGCUAAACAUGUAUUUAUAUGAAGAUUUGAGCAUGCAAACAAUGCAGCAAAUUAAUUCAUUAAAACCUAUCAAAUGUAUUAAAGUGGGGUUUAAUGAGUCAUGUUUUGUUUUUUUAAAUAGUUUACCAACAUAUAAGGGCACUGGUAUAUUUUGGGAAAUGAAGGCAUUGAGUAUUCACUAUAAAUGGAUUUAUUAUUUCUUAAUAUUUUCUUUUUUUCAGACUCUCAUGCAGUUGUUGUGUGAUGAAGUGGAGACAGAAAGGGUUCUGCUAAGAAGAAACCAGGCAGAGUUAACAGAGUUGGAGGCGGAUACUCUAAAAAGGUUUAUCUAUAAAUAGAACAAUACAUUCUCUGUAUUCUUUUCACGUUAAUGUUAUUCUUUAUUAUAAAGGACGCAUUAUUUCUCAGUUUGUAGCAUAAUCCACCCAUCUGACUAUUACUGAGGUGUAUUCCUGGAUUAAUCCAAAUUGACACCUGUUAAUAGAUGUACUGCCCAGAUGGUGUGGAGGAUCAUUUCCUGUGACUAGAGAGAUGUUUUCUAUCUCUAUAUCCAUGUAUGAUAUUAACAAUUUAUAACGGUAUUUGGUAUCUGCUUAGAAUGUCCCAAUUCCUAAACAGUCCGUAGUUUUAUUCAGGAGUUCAGAAAGAGAGUCCUUCGUCUCUCGGAUGGCUCAGACCAUUAACCUGCGUGAGUUGCUUGAGGAAGAAGCAGAGACUAAAAGACAACUUGAUAGAAUCUUACAGGAGUUGGAAAUAUUACAUAAAGGUUCAGACACAGGAUCCAGGUAUUGUAAAAUAUGGAGUCAACACUUCAGCCUCACCUCUGAUUUUAUAAAUAGUGUUUUGUAGAGUGGAAGAGUGAAUCAAUAAGUCUAACUAUAUAUAUUUAGAAGAGCGUGAUAAUGUGACUUGUCAUGAAUGGAACAGAGGGGUGAGAGAAAUGAAAAAUUACAGGGACAUUCCAGAACCAAAAUAAAAAUCACAAUUUAAUUGCUAUAUUUACAGCGAAAACAUGCAGUUCUUUAAUUAUACCUUUUCAUUGGCUGUAUAUCUAAAACUGCUUGCAGAAGCUGUAGAUCUCUUGUCUGCAGCUUUUACAAGCUCUCUUCUUCUUGCCCAGAGUUUCGGUGGCUGUCCAAUCACAGACCUCCCAAUGCAGCUCAAUGAGAAGUCUUUGUAAGGCAGGUGCUCUGAGCAAUUGGCUGCCUCUUGAGUUUAGAUCCACUGAGCUAACCAAACCAGAAAAUAACGUGACCAGUUGUCUGAUUGGCAGCCCAGGCAGGUGUAAAAAGGUUAAUUUGUCAAAGUGACAAUUUCUAUUAAAAUCUGCAUUUUUUUUUUGUAAAAUUGAAUAAAAAGAGGACACACUCUUUGCAAAUUAAGCGCUUCCGGUAGCUGAAGUGCUUUAAUUGUUUGAAACAUUCCUCUAAACAAAAGAUUUUUGUACUGUGGAUUUCUGCUGAAUGAAACAGUAGUAAAGAAACAGGAAUAUUUGACCCAAAUAAUGCUAUUUGCAAUGUUCAUUCUUAAACUGAUUUAGGAAUUUGUAUGGUGAAUACUCCCAACAAGUAAAAAAGAAAAAAACACUAAAUAAAUUGGCCUGAAUGAAAGAGAUUGUGAGUGGGAAAGCUUCAGUGUGACAGGAAGGUGAAAUAAGUAGAAAGGUGAUUACAAUCUCAAACUAAUCUGCAGUAAGUGAUGUAUGGAUUUAUAAUGUGCUGGACCCGUUACUGGAACUAACAUAUUGCUCUCUGCAGUGAAGCAGCAGCUGAGGAUAUAUUGGAGAAACUUGAAGUGAAUACAGAUAAUGCUAUCGCUUCGUUGACUGAGAAAGAAACGCACCUCUUACAGCAAAAAGAACAACUGUUAAAAUUAAUGGAGACUACGCAGAAAGCGCUAGCCGAGUGCAAGCUGAAGGAGCAGAAAGGUGAGCGGCAAAUAGCAUCUUGCUGUAGUGUAGUACUGAAUGUAGAGAUGAAUGGCAUGAAGUGUUUGCUGGAGUGAGUCGAUCUAGAAUAAAGGUGACUAACACAGGAUUAUUCAGUAAAGUGAGAAUUCAUGGUAGCUGAAGUUAAAGCUUAACUGACUUACAGAAUAAUUUCCACUUCAGCUAUUUUGACCUUAAAUUUGAAAUUCACUUUGAAUAACAGUGUGUGUUUUGUAAUCAGUGUCAUUUAGCACUGAGCUAUGGUCUCUAGUGAUCAGGUGAGUGACAGCUACUGUUUUUUUUAUAUAAUAUUAAUACAGUUUAAAAUGAACUCAUGCUUCCUCUUUCUGCAGCACAGGAAAAGCUGUGUGAAGCUGUCCAGGGAUCAUCUAAAUGCUCACAGCAGAGGGAAGCUGACCGUCUGUUAGACACAUGCAUUAAGGAAAUGGGUUUACUGCACAUUUUGUCAAACAAGAAGAAAUAGCAGAUUUACUCAGCAACAUUGCCUUCUAAUAUAUGCAGUUCUGAUAAAUUAUAAAGUAAGUUAUGUUUUCAAUGUAGUGUGUGUUACCUGCUUCAGAGAUUUUCCUUUCUCUCCUCCUAUUCUGACACUGUGACAAUAGACCUACUGUUGAAGAUCAGUGAGCGGUGAUUAACAAAUCUUUGUAGAGGUAAAGGGACACUCCGGGCAUCAAUACAACUAACCUUAUCAUGCUGUAUUUUUUGCAUUAAAAAAUAAAAGAUUGGGGGUGGGGCCGGGCCACUGACUGAGCAGGACGCAGGUUGAGGGAGCUCAUCAGCCUAAAUACUUUUCAAAGCGAAGAAAAGGACAAUCUACCCUAAUUCCUCCUGACAUGGGCAUGCAUCGACAGAGGAGUGUAUGGGCAACCUAUGGGGGUGAAACCUAGAAGGCAGAGCGCACUCUUGAAGAUGAGGGCUUCCUGCGGCCUGCAACUUCCUACAGGGCGGGGGAUGCGGCCGGUCCCCCGUCCAUCAUCCACCCCGCGGACAGCUUGGGUCCUGGAACUAGCCUGGGAUAUGGAGAAUUCCUCUACCCUGAAACGCAGCAUGGCUCACGCCUGUGGACAGUGCACAUGUGGAAGCUGGGUGCCCAGCCAAGGUAUCUGCUUACUCUCCAACUAUAGGAGCUGGCUGUUAAUUAAGCUAAGUCUGACAGGGACUCUAACCCAGUCUGUAACAGACCAAACCACACACAAGCGACUACCACCUUAUUAUUUGGUUUAAUAUUGUUAUUUUAUUACUAUGUUUUUAUUAGUCUGUCUUACUCAUUUUGGUCACUCAUCCCUAUCAAUCUGCCUAGGAUUUGUAUAGCCUAGUAUCACUCGCUAGUCUCUCCUACCACUGCUCCCCUUUGUGGCAUUAAUACCACUAUUGUCAACUUAGUAAUACUCUUGGGCGCAGCGCCCUUACUCAGCAUUACAAUAAGCUCCCAGUGCAUCUGAGCCUCCUGUUAUGAUGGAUAGGCAGUUAUACACAACCUGCUCUACCAUACCAGCGUUACUUGUCGGCAGCUCCCAAUGUUUUACCUAGUUCACACUGAAGGCCCAGUUUAUUUGUCUGACCUGCCAUUUUAAGCGCAGUCUAACUAAUAAGCCUGUAUUACUCUCGUUUUAACACUAUCGACUCAAAUUUAAAAUUGUGCAUGUAUGCUGGACUACCCCAUUAUGUGUUACAAAAUUGCUUGAGGAUUGCCGUCGGGAUGCCUCACGCACGUAUGUUAUUCUCCAUAUGCACUACAAAAAUAAAGAAUAAAAAAAAAAAAGGGGGGUUUGCAGUAUACUUGCAUAAUCCUGCCUCUUUAGCCACACCCCCUCACUCCAGAAAAAAAGACUUCCUUAUGAAAUGGAUGUACACUGCUCAGCCUCUGACAAUACUGAAUGAUCUGAACUACAAAACAACCUGCAUUAGAAGUAGAGGACAUCCAGGAAGACAUACAGUAAGGAUAUCACUACCUGUUUGCUGUUUCUCUGACUGCAGCCAGGUUGUUAAUUAAAAAGCUGUUCACUCAGUGCUGUUGGGGUUGAGACUGCGCAUACAUUUGAUAAGGAAGUCUUUCUGGCAUGAGGGGGUGAGGCUAAGGAGAAACAUAGAAUGUGACGGCAGAUAAGAACCAUUCGGCCCAUCUAGUCUGCCCAAUUUUCUUAAUACCUUCAUUAGUCCCUAGCCUUAUCUUAUAGUUAGGAUAGCCUUAUGCCUAUCCCACGCAUGCUUAAACUCCUUCACUGUGUUAACCUCUACCACUUCAGCUGGAAGGCUAUUCCAUGCAUCCACUACCCUCUCAGUAAAGUAAUACUUCCUGAUAUUAUUUUUAAACCUUUUGUCCCUCUAAUUUAAGACUAUGUCCUCUUGUUGUGGUAGUUUUUCUUCUUUUAAAUAUAGUCUCCUCUUUUACUGUGUUGAUUCCCUUUAUAUAUUUAAAUGUUUCUAUCAUAUCCCCCCUGUCUCGUCUUUCCUCCAAGCUAUACAUGCUAAGAUCCUUUAACCUUUCCUGGUAAGUUUUAUCUCGCAAUCCAUGAACCAGUUUAGUAGCCCUUCUCUGAACCCUCUGUAAAGUAUCAAUAUCCUUCUAAAGAUACGGUCUCCAGUACUGUGUACAAUACUCCAAGUGAGGUCUCACCAGUGUUCUGUACAAUGGCAUGAGCACUUCCCUCUUUCUACUGCUACUACCUCUCCCUAUACAACCAAGCAUUCUGCUAGCAUUUCCUGCUGCUCUAUUACAUUGUCUGCCUACCUUUUAAGUCAUCAGAAAUAAUCACCCCUAAAUCCCUUUCCUCAUAUGUUGAGGUUAGGACUCUAUCAAAUAUUCUGUACUCUGCCCUUGGGUUUUUACGUCCAAGAUGCAUUAUCUUGCACUUAUCCAUGUUAAAUGUCAGUUGCUACAAUUCUGACCAUUUUUCUAGUUUACCUAAAUCAUUUGCCAUUUGGCUUAUCCCUCCUGGAACAUCAACCCUGUUACAUAUCUUAGUAUCAUCAGCAAAAAGACAAACCUUACCAUCAAGGCCUUCUGCAAUAUCACUAAUAUUAAAGAGAAUGGGUCCAAGUACAGAUCCCUGAGGUACCCCACUGGUGACAAGCCAAAGCUUCGAAUUUACUCCAUUGACUACAACCCUCUGUUGCCUGUCACUCAGCCACUGCCUUACCCAUUCAACAAUAUUGGAAUCCAAACUUAAAGACUGCGGUUUAUUGAUAAGCCUUCUGCAACAGUGUCAAAAGCCUUACUGAAAUCUAGGUAAGCAAUGUCUACUGCACCACCCUGAUCUAUUAUUUUAGUUACGAAAUCAAAAAAAUCAAUAAGAUUAGUUUGGCAUGAUCUCCAUGAAGUAAACCCAUGUUGUCUCUGAUUUUGAAAUCCAUGUGUUUUUAGAUGUUCAACAAAGGGUAAAAUAGGACUUAUGGUGCUGCAUUCUGCAACACAAUAUUUUGUGCAGAAAUAAGUAUUUGAGUAUGCAAAAGAAUUCAGCAUAUAUCUAGUCACUACUUUCAGGGGUGCACAUUCACGUCUUACAAAUUUUUUUUAUACCAACAACUUGGGCAAUAUACAGGCAAUCCCCUUAAUCCUAAACACAUGGUAUCUCUUACCUGUAUUCUUAGUGCACACUCUUAUUAUGCUGGUACUGUACCCCCCAGGCUUCUCCAAAGGAUGGAUCCGUCUCCGGACUGGCUUUACUGUGACCAGGCAACAGACACAUUAAUACAGAUUUGGUGGGAAUACCCCGGAGUGCAGCCCCUCUGACAGAAUGUUUAUAAUAUGCUUAAAGUAUUCUUAGAUGUUUUUCUCCCUUUUAAGCCUGCUUCUAUGCUACUACAUCACACCACUGUAUUUGUGUUUGUCGUUAUAAGAAGUCUAUUACUAUUCGUAUAGUAAACAUUGUCAACACGAAGAAUCCCACAGUUCUGGAAACAGUCUGUUAGCCCACCACUGCUGGUGUUAUUUACUCAGAUGAGGGAGCUCCAUGUGCUUGAGUUGCACUAUGGGGCUAAAGUCGAUCCAUCACUUUACACGUCACUUUGGACGCACUGGCUACUCACCACUAGCACUGAAGGCUUUCUAAGGUUAUUUUAGUCUCUCCUUAUAUUUAGCCAAUGCGGAGUGCCCUGCAGUGCAUAACUAGCACUCCCCCCCCGCCCCCACCAGACGACUACCUCCUCCACCUUAAAAUCUCCCCUCUUUUCUUUCUUCUCCCCAAAUUGCAUAGCAGGGCUAUGGAGCAAAGUUUAUGUAUGGAAAUCUUAAUUUGUAGUAUCACAGCAGAUUUGCUCAUAUUUCUAUUUACAUUUUUGAUCUCUAAUGAAGGGGGUGACGUUAUUGAAUGUAUUUUUUUCAUGACUUGAGAGACCUGAAAGUCCUAUUUUACCCUUUGUUCUCAAAGCUUUGAAUAUAAUAUGAUUAACAACAACAAAAAUGACAUCAUACCAAUGAGGCCAAAAUGUAUUCAUUAAAGUUGUAUUGGUGCCAAGAGUGUCCUUUUAAAGCAGAGGUAAGUAGCAAACCUUCAGGGAUAUUCACAAACAGAGAUAAAUUGGCUGUAAUUUCCAAGGGAUAUUUUUUCUGUUUUAUCCUGACAUUUACAGAUCUGUGCUGAAUGUUUGCUAUCUCGAUUUUUAGUGAGUAACUCGGGGAGCUGCUCACUGUACUGGAUAUUGCGGAUGAGGGACUGGCACAUUCUCAACCUCCAGUGUUUUUCCAAAUCCAGCUAUUUAUAUCUUAAUACUUUCAUUUUAAUCCUCUAAUUUUACACAAUUCCCUAUUUAGUUAGUACACGCUAAUGAUUCAGGGUGUUUUUUUCCAUGUGUGCAACUGUAUUUAACGAUUACUUGCUGCAGUCACUAGGUGGCAGUGUGAGGCUCCAUAUGUAGCAGAGAACCCACCAACAAUAUUAGAUUUUUAGAGACAAGUUAAAAAAAAAUAUGGAUUAUUUAUAAAGUGCCAACAAAUUCUGUAGCGCUGAACGGUAGCAGUAAGUGAGCAUUGGGACAGUGAUACAGAUGCAAAAUAACUGAUUUGUUGCAACACUUUUUUAUUUGUUUUUAUUUUUAAAACUAACAGUAAUUUGAUUUAUUUAAUAGAGAUAAACAUUCUGCCUUCAAUCAAAUCAAAGCACUUAAGAGCCUUCCAGGAAUCAGAAUCCAAGCCAGGAUUUCUUCCCAAAGCAAUGGAUAUGCAUUGCUAUUAAUGCAGCUGGAAUAUUGGUAGUUAUUCAAUAAAUAGCGCACAGCGAGGAGCUAUUUAUUGACAGUUCAUCACUCCUCAAAGAAUUUCCUUUUUUUGUUCUUAUUGUGUGGACUAUUAAAUUAACUGGCUCAGAAUGACUUAACCUCGAGUCUGCUCAAAUCAUGUCACUUUUUAUGCAAAUUUAAGAUUUUAAUUUCUUUUUUUUAACAACCUGGAAGCUGUCUAGGACGCCAAACCAUUGACGGACGUAAAGAAAAUUGAACUAUGCUCUGUAACAUAUAAUUGAAAACAAUUCAAAGUAUUGCAAAAACUAGAUAAAGCCUGUUUAGUACACACUGUGCUCUUAAUAGCUAAUAAAACAAAUGGUGAUGUAUGUAUUUAUAUAUUCACAUAACUUUAAUUUAAAAGGUGUUUUCUUUUUUUUGUUUUUUUUUUCAUAUU